AUGGCGUCUCUUGCUAGAGCUUCACCGCCAUCAUCAAUCAUUAAUGUUCAUCGUAGGGCUUUGAAAUUGUUGAAACCUCCAUCUACAUGCCAAGUCGGCAGCUUCCCCAGAUAUCGUCUAUCAAAUCGUUCCGGUAUUCGCUGCACAAAAUCAACCCCAUGGGAACCUUCACCGCCUGUUACAUAUGCUCUUGGGGCUGGAGAUGAGAGCAAUGAUUUCUUGAAUAAACCUGCCAAUUUGUUCGAAACGCUGAGUUCUGAUGGAACAGCUGAAGAACCAUCUACCAAGAGUGAAGAACAGCUCGCACAGAUAAAGACACAGCAGGAGGGCCCUAAAUUCCAGUUCCUGAAAUGGCCGCUGUGGUUUCUAGGCCCUGCUCUUCUUCUUGUCACCGGAAUGGUGCCAACUCUAUGGCUUCCACUAUCCUCAGUUUUCCUUGGACCCAACAUAGCGAGCUUGCUCGCUUUAAUUGGACUGGACAGCAUCUACAACCUUGGAGUCACACUGUAUCUUCUCAUGGCCGAUUCUUGUGCUCGGUCUGGAAUCCUGCCACAGGCAUGCAACAGCCAGCCGCCGUUGGCUUACAAGUUCUGGAACAUGGUCUCCGCCGUAGCUGGAUUCGCGGUACCACUGGUGAUGUUGGGUUGGUCGCAGAAGGGUUUGCUUCAACCACAGCUGCCUGUAUUCUCCUUUGCCAUUCUAAUGGGGCCUUACCUCCUGCUUCUGUCUGUGCAAUUCCUGACCGAGUUGCUCACUUGGAACUGGCAGUCACCGGUCUGGCUGGUGACCCCGGUUGUGUACGAGACUUAUCGGGUGUUGCAGUUGAUGAGGGGUUUGAAGCUUGCGACCGAGCUCAAUUCGCCCGUGUGGAUGUUGGACACGAUUAGGUGGUUGGUGUCUUGUUGGAUACUGAUUCUGGGUGUUCAGCUGAUGAGUGCGGCCUGGUUUGCUGGUUAUUCUGCUCGAACGACUCAGCAACAGAAGCAAAAGUCGUCUUCUGCUGACCCUGGCAGUGGCUGGUGA